AUGAAACGGCACAGCACAGGGGAGAUGCGCGUCGAUUUGACCGCCCGUCGCCUGUACUUGUCUAGCACCGCCUCCGACGUGUCCACCGGCAUCCCGCAGGUCUCCAGCAAGAUCAUCAUUCGCGGGGACCAGGCCAAGAUUUACGCUCAGACCAAAUUGGAGUAUGGCAAGGACGAGGAGGGAUACGACCAGUGCUGGAUGGUGAACACCACGGAGCUGCCAGUUCCGUCAGGCGGCAAGCAGCCGAACCCCUUCCAGUACAGCGAGUCCGCUGGCGAGUGCGAGGGGAACUGCAGGGAGUCGAGGGUCGGGUCGUGGCUGGACGACUCGAAGCGCCUGGAGUUCUUCAUAGACGACGUGGGGCGGCUCACUGGGAUGGUCCUCGACGACACGGGGCGCGACGUCGCCGCCGGCAUCACCAUCUCAGAUUUCUCGACGCGGGCGUCGGGCGAGGAGUGGUUCGACCCCACUGCCGCCGGCUGGAAGUGCAAGGAUCUCAAGUAUCUCCCGGGCGCGGACCACAUUGGGGAGUGGGACCUCAUCCGGGCGUUCUUUCCGCUGGACCUGCCCCUCGGGGAGGGCGAGGAGGGGCGGAGGCUCUUCGCGGUCUGA